GACCCCAGAGGGAGAACCGGCCGCCGUCGACCUGCUGGUAGCCGUGCCACCUGCGGUGGUUCCCGAUCUCCGCGCCCGCUGAGAAGCACUCCGGGCACAGCUCGAUGUCGGGGCACUCGGUGCAGCGGAGCCGCAGGUGGAAAGUGAGCGUCGAGCCCUCAGCCAACUCCUGGGGGAAGGAGGGGCUCCGGCGGUGGCGGCCGGGGUGGAUGUGCAGCUCCGGCAGAUGAUCGAGUUGUGCCGGGGGAACAACAAGCUGAGGGCGAGGAUCAGCAGGCUGGAGGAGGAGCUGUCCGUCAGGGAGGAGACGGCGGCGGACCCCCUGCUGCUGCAGUUCAAGCAGCUGCAGCUCGCCAGGAUGGAGCAGGAGAGGGACAUGGAGAAGCACGAGGAGCACUCCAAGCUGCAGAGGAAGCUGGCCACGUCGCUGGAGCGUCUCACCAACGUGAAGGCUAAGCUGGACUUCAGCCAGAGGGAGGCGCAGGCCAGGCGGCGCCAGCUGGCCGAGGUGGAGGCCGCCCUGGCAGACAGGAGGGAGGCCCUGACCCGGAUCAGGCGGACCCGCGACAAGCUGCAGAGAGAAAGCCUGAGGCUGAGGGAGGAGCAGGGACUGUUUGGAAACAAGAACCUGCUGCGGGACUUCGAGGACACCGUGGACGCCGCACACCGCCUGGAGGAAAGGCUGCAGCAUCUGAAGGCUCGGCAUGCCCAGACUGGAAGAAAGGCUGCUGAUCCCUGAGCGAUCCUGAUGCUGCUGUCACUUUUACACCAAUAAACUAAAUACGUCACGUUCAAGGAAGAAACAUAUAU